CUCCCCCCUCCACUCUCCCAUGCCUUGGCACUGUCAACUCAUAAUUCUUUUUCUUCUUCUUCCUUCUCUUCUCUGCUCAUUGUAAUGUUCAACUCUCCAUAAAUUCACAUCCUUGAUCCAUCUUGACUCCAUCAUCUUCCGGAGGCACAUACCCGAUCGAGUUCACUCUUCAUCCGCGACAAGUCGAUAUAGAACUAGAUCGCUCCGCCCUUACUAAUUAUUCCCCAACGUAUAUAUCUGCGUAGCUACCACGUAACGGUUCGAUACAUCCGAUGGAGAAGUACGAGGUGGUGAAGGAUUUGGGCGCGGGAAACUUCGGGGUGGCGAGACUGAUGCGCCACAAGGACACUAAGGAACUUGUCGCCAUGAAGUACAUCGAGCGCGGCCACAAGAUAGAUGAGAAUGUGGCAAGGGAGAUCAUAAACCACAGAUCCCUUCGGCACCCGAACAUCAUCCGAUUCAAGGAGGUCGUCUUGACUCCGACGCAUCUGGCGAUAGUGAUGGAGUACGCCGCUGGGGGAGAGCUCUUCGAACGUAUCUGCAGUGCCGGUCGUUUCAGUGAAGAUGAGGCAAGAUACUUCUUCCAGCAGCUGACCUCGGGAGUCAAUUACUGUCACUCUAUGCAAAUAUGCCAUCGAGAUCUGAAGCUCGAGAACACCCUCCUAGAUGGAAGCCCUGCUCCCCGAUUAAAGAUCUGCGAUUUUGGCUACUCUAAGUCAUCUGUGCUCCAUUCUCGACCCAAAUCUACAGUCGGGACCCCCGCAUACAUUGCACCAGAAGUUCUUUCUCGCCGAGAAUAUGAUGGCAAGUUAGCAGAUGUUUGGUCCUGUGGGGUGACUCUGUAUGUCAUGCUGGUGGGAGCAUACCCUUUUGAAGAUCACGCGGACCCAAAGAAUUUCAGGAAGACAAUUCAGAGGAUCAUGGCUGUUCAGUACAAGAUUCCUGACUACGUCCACAUAUCGCAAGAUUGCAAGCAUAUGCUAUCCCGCAUAUUCGUUGCGAAUCCUUCCAGGAGGAUAACUAUCAAGGAAAUCAAGAAACACCCGUGGUUCUUGAAGAACUUGCCGAGGGACCUGACAGAAUCAGCUCAGGCCGUCUACUAUCAGGGACAGGGAGACAACCAAAGCUUCUCAAGGCAGAGCAUCGAAGAGAUUAUGAAGAUCGUGGGGGAGGCCAGGAACCCUUCUCCCUCUUCGAAACCCAGCAAGGGAUUCGGGUGGGGAGGAGCAGCCAACGAAGAUGAGGAAGACCUGGAGGAGGAAAUAGAUGAAGAAGACGAUGGGGAAGAUGAGUAUGACAAGAGGGUCAAGGAAGUCCGUGCCAGUGGGGAGUUUCAGAUCAGUUAGGAUCCUCGUCGAAUAUUUCAAGAAUUCAUGAAUAAUGAGGGACUCGUAAGAACAACGUAUUAUGCACGAUACUAUAUUUGGAGGAUUCGCUACUACCCUCUUUUUAUUAGUUUGUAUCCCGACUUCCAUGA